AUGAAUCAAUAUGACCGUGGCAAUAAAAGCAGCUACAUCAACCAUGACAAGGAUAUUGUCAAUGAAACUACCUUAGGUAAAAGACAGAGAUUUUUUAAUCUCGUGAAAAAUACGAAAGAUGUUUACAUACCUUCAAUAACGUCUACAAUAUCACAAAAAACUGUAGACGGUUUUAAAAGAGGAAUUAAUGAUCGAAAUGAGCCACAGCUCAAUCUUCCCACGGACGUGGAUAUCUUAUUUUAUCCCACUUAUUCAACAAAAGUUGGAGAGCAAUUUGAGACCACAAUUCGAUUUAGUGCCUCGUCACCUGGAAAUCCAGCCAGCAGGAAAAACAGGCUACUUUUCUCACUUUGCAAACAACUUGUUAAGCCAUUUCCAUUGGAAGAGCUUGAUGAUGCCUCUUCGGAUGCCAUGCCUGAUGAUGCGAUAGGGAGUAGUGAAUCCCGUUCGAACCUUAGCAGCAGAAGUACAAGUACAAGUUUAAACUCUUCCGGUCAAAAUUCUACUUCGAAUAGCUUGCCCCUUCAUGAACUUGAUAAUUUAAAGGAGAGAACGCUUGGAUUUUUUGCAAGAAGUGUGCCAAAUUUUCCAGUUAUACUCGACAUACUACCAGAAGAAGGAAUUUCGAAUAGCCAAACUAUCACAAAGACAACAGAUGAAAGGGGUUAUUUAUAUGCAAAAGUGAGAACUGAUUUUCAACCGUCAUCAAUAAGAAUAACUCUGGACACCCCAAUUGAUUUUCCCAAGAUAAUUUCCCGUGAAUAUCCCUGUAAUUAUGUUAAACCUGAAGGAUAUGGCAUAAUAAGUGAUAUUGAUGAUACAAUAAAGCAUACUGGGGUAACAGGAGAUAAAAGAUCCAUGUUUCGUAAUGUUUUUGUGAAUAAUAUAGACACAUGGUUGAUUAGUGAGGUAUCACAGUGGUAUAAGACGCUUGAAGAGCAUUUUGAGAUUGACUUUUUUUACAUAUCCAACUCACCCAUGCAAAUUUACCCAGUUUUGCAACAAUAUAUUACGAGAAACUUUCCGAAAGGACCUCUUUUUUUGAAACGUUACUCCGGUAAUCUAUUAUCAAGUAUCAUGACAUCUAGUGCCAAUAGGAAAAUACUGGCAAUAAAACAGGUUUUCAAUGAUUUUCCCCAUAAAAGGUUCAUUUUAGUCGGGGAUUCUGGAGAACAGGAUUUUGAAGCCUAUAUCAAUACAGCAAUGCAACACCCCGAUCAAGUAGUUGGUAUUUACAUUAGAUGUUGCAAGAAUUCAAUGAGUGAUAUGGGAUUGAGAGAAAUUGAGGUCAUGAGAGAACUUAACGGUAUGGUUCAAGAUGAGUACCUAAGUCCGAUAGGAAUCAAAAAUCAAGAGGAUACCUUCUCAGGUCGCAAUUUUGGGCAAAAAAUGAACUUAAAACAAACCGUUCCAACCCCACCACCUGUUCCUCCCAAAAAACCAAAAUUAACAGCAGAGCAGGAAAGAACGAUAAGGGAUUCAAGGGCGCCCCCGAUUCCGACUAGAAAACCUGUUUUAUCAGCAAAGCAAGAGGAAGCAAUAAAGGAGUCGCAUUUAUCUUCUAAUGCGAGUACAGAAAACCGUACAAGCGAUUCAAUAAAAGCACACCCAAUGCAAGAACCACAAGACGAAACAGACCCAAUGGUGUACUAUACACCUUCAACACAAAAUGAUUACGGAGCUUACAGUACUUUUUUUGAUAAGAAAGCGGACAAUUGGAGGAAUAGAGUGCUCAAUGGUAUUAGAGAAUUGAAGCAUUUAAAAAAAAAUCGUAGUAUAAGACUCAUGUUCUUCACGAAACCGGAUGCCCCACUGAAGGACUGUUUGGAGGAGAUACAGCAAAAAUAA